AUGGGAUUGGCUCCACCAAAUAUCAACGUGUUCUUUAUGAAACCAGGACGUGGAAAGGUGGAGACCAAAUUGUUUUCAGUGCGACAACUUCAACAGCUUGAAUUUUCCAAGUCAAUUCUCCUUCUCCACAGCUUCUCUGGAUGCGACACCACCUCCGCAAUCCAUGGAAAGAGCAAAGUGGGAAUUGCUAAGCUGUUCACGGCUAAACCAGAUCUGACCCAAAACAUCUCAGACAUUUUCAGUGGGCUUUCAACAUCACCUGAAAGUAUUGAACAGGCUGGCGAGAAACUGCUUCUGGCAAUUUACCAAGCGCCUGUCCAGGAACAAAAUCUCAAUAAAUACCGAUACUCAGCUUUUUUGAGAGCAUCGAUGAAGCCGAAAUCAGAUCUGGCCACUCUUCCUCCUACCAGAGGAGCUUCGAAGCAGCACUCAUUGAGAGUGUACUUACAGAUACAACAAUGGCUCGGCAACCCCCUACCACCCACUCAAUGGGGCUGGGCCAGAGGGGACGAUGGCAUCCUAAAGCCGGUGACAACCAAUGAUCCAGUGGCACCUGAGUCCAUUCUCAACACCAUAUUUUGCCGGUGCACGACUGGGUGUGGGGUGCAAUGCGGCUGCCGGAAAGCAGGAAUUGCCUGCUCCAGGGUCUGCGGCGUAUGCUCCGGCUCAUGCACUAACGGAGCCCCCAUCGAAAACACCGUCGACGAUGAUGUUGAUGAUGAUAUUUUAUAUUUAGAAGAUAAUUAG